GUUAUGAAAAUGAAAGUAGAGUGAAAAAUGAAUUCCUCUACAAAAAGCACAUCUUUUAUCCAAUUUAGAUAUUGUAAAUUGUGUAAAAUAAGCCACAAAUACAAAAAUAAGAAACAUAUUUAUUCUUUAAGACAUCAACAAAUUUUGAUCAAUAUUCUUUCCAAAUUUAGAAAAAAGAUUGAAGACAGUCAACUAAUUUUAAAGAAUCCAGUAAUUAUGAAAUUAGGUUGGGAAUCUGAUGUUACUAUAUGGUGUUACUUCUGUGAAGAAUCAAUUCAGAAACAUUCUACUCUGGAAGACUGUACUGUAGUGUGUGGGUCCUUUAUUAGACAUUUGGCAUUGAGACAACAUAUUGAGAAAAUGAAUGAAUUUUUCUGGGAGAAUAUUCUCAAUAAAACAACUAAACUCCAUUAUUUUAUAGAUGAAGCAGAUUCAAUAAUAUUCAAGAAUAAAGUGGAAAAAGCUGCUCAGAAAUUCUGUGAAAAACAAAAACAGGACAUUUCAAAGAAUGCUGAGAAAAUAAAAACUGCAGCCCUAAAUCAUCAGCUGAUUUCUCAGUACCAUUUACAACAAAAAAAACAACAUCAAAACUUAACAACAAACCAGAAUUCUACAACAAACCAGAAUUCUACAACAAACCAGAAUCCUACAACAAACCAGGGGUUUACAAACCAGAGUUGUGCAACAAGCCACAAUUUUACAGCUAGCCAAAACCUCACAAUAAACCAGACGCCAACAUUUCAGAGAUUGGAGCCAAAUAGACAAAUAGAUUCAUUGAUAGAGGAAGCACCACAGAUUUCUACUGCCAGGAAAACUAGCUUUGGUCUCACAGUUAUUCCAAAAGUCAAGGGAGGUAAAGAGAAGGGCAAUAUUCAUACUGGAGCUGUUCCUCCAUGGCUACAACCGGACAACACCAGCAGUCAGACGUCAACUAUAGGACCAUCGCUACAUGACUAUCAAGCACAUUGUUUCUGUUGAUUGGCUGAUUUGAAGAUUUGUAAUUAUGUAUCUUCCUUAUAUCAUAUUACUUGGU